AUGACGAAGACACAGGCAUAUCCCUUCUGGCUGGGCGGCGUCGCGGGCUCCAUGGCAGCGUCAUGUACGCACCCGCUAGACCUCACCAAAGUGAGAAUGCAGACCCUUCCGUCUGUCCCGGGUCAGAAGCAACCCUCCACCCUCUCUGUUCUCCGCAUGACCGUUGCCGAACAAGGAUUCCGAAGCCUCUACACGGGGCUGACGGCUUCCUUGCUUCGGCAGAUGUCAUACUCCCUCGUCCGACUGGGCAGCUACGAGGAGAUGAAGGCACGCUUGUCCGAGGACGGUCCGCCGUCGUCGGGCAAGCUGCUGCUGGCAGCGAUGGCGGCGGGCGGCCUCGGCGGUGUGGCCGGGAACCCGGCUGAUAUUCUGCUGGUGCGGAUGACCAGUGACUCUAUACGACCACCAGAAAAGCGGUACAACUAUUCGAACGCUAUCACUGGGCUCGUGCAAAUCAUCCGCAGCGAAGGUGCAGGAGGACUGUUCAGAGGACUCGGGACGAACGCGGUGCGAGCAGUGCUGAUGAACGGUUCUCAAGUGUGGUCGUAUGACUUCUUCAAGUCUUGGUUCCUGCAACAUCAGUUGCCCGUCGUCAACUUCCAGUUCCGGGAUAAUCUCGCUCUACACAUGGCCGCUAGCACACUUGCUGGCACCGUGGCUACCACUGUUUGCUCGCCCGCUGACGUGCUGAGAUCGCGAUUGAUGUCCGCGUCGGGAAAAUCUAAUCCGAUCGACGUCCUCAAGACAUCGCUACGAGAAGAGGGGCCUAGAUUUCUCUUCAAGGGAUGGACGCCUGCGUUCAUUCGUUUGGGGCCCAACACGAUCUUCAUGUUCGUCUUCCUAGAGCAACUGAAGAAGGGAUGGCGCACGCUGUUCCCUGCCGAUUGA